UAGUGGGCGCGUGACAGUAGUGAUGUGACGCCUUGACGGAGGAACUGGGUUCGAUGCCGGAGUGUUAGUCCGCGGUCCGGAUCCCAGAAGCACCGAGGAGCAGCGGCCCACCUGUCCGAGCCACAGGCCUCACUCAUGGGGGAGCAGCAGCAGCACAGCCCGGAGGGAGUACGGCUCUUCCGCCUGUCGGAGAUCCAGGAGCAGAACUCCUUCAAAUCCACAUGGAUCAUCAUCCACCACAAAGUGUACGACGUCACCAAGUUCCUGGAGGAGCACCCCGGGGGGGAGGAGGUGCUGAGGGAGCAGGCGGGAGGAGACGCCACCGAGAGCUUCGAGGACAUCGGACACUCCAGUGACGCCCGAGAGAUGGCGAGCAGCAUGGUGAUAGGAGAAGUGCACCCGGACGACAGAGAGCAGCUCGUCCAACCAGAGGAAACACUGGUGACCACUGUGAAGGACCAGACCAGCUGGUGGUCCAGCUGGUUGAUUCCGUCUCUGGUGGCGGCCAUCUUCACGCUGAUCUACCGCAUCUUAACCACAGAGAGCGACUGACAUCAUCAGAGAAGCAGCCGGGCCGCUGUCCUGCAGCCGUCCUACACUACCCACAAUUCAUUUCCAAUACUGUUUAACCAACCAAUCAUGCGGCAUUAUGCUAAUGAGGUCAUGCAAGUUGUUGAAUUUACCGUCACACUGUGAAAUAUGAAUGUUUUAUGAAAUCUUGUAGAAAUGCAGUGGAUGUAUGAGAAGUUGUAUCUUAUUGAAUCUUUGUAGCUGAAUGUAAACGAGUGUAUGAAUCAGAGCAUCAUGAGGUCAUCAUGAGGUAAUCAUGAGGUCAUCACGCAGCAGUCAUGUGACUGACAGUCCACUGUGACGUCACUGCCCUGGUGACUGGAAUCUGACUGAAGCCACGAUUCUCUGUCUCAGGUUUAAUAACUUUUCAUGUUCAGCGUCUCACAGAAAGAAAGUAAUCGCUGACUGUUAAUAAAGAUGGCCGACACGUUCCACCUGCCCAUUGUCCAGAAGUGAAGCCAAAACAUCUCUGAUACAGACGCUGCCAUUUUGUACAGCUGGAAUACAGGCCCCGCCCACACACGCUUCUUUUAAAGGGACACUGAGUUUGCCACUAGGGGGCACCACUGAGUCCCUACACAUGAAUAUAUUAAAGAAGAAUUUUAAACUCCAGAAAAGUGAUAUUUUAAUUUAAGAACAUCAGCUAGAGUUCUCUUGAUUCAUCUGCUUGUUCCUGCUUUUAUAAAUUUCAGCUGAAACUUUGAUUUAUUUCAAACGUUUCUGCAUCAAAACAGAAAAAACUUUAGAAUCAUGUUUCAAAUUAUCUUCAAUCUUAAUGUAAUUUCCUCUGCAGACACAAUUUUGACUUCAGACUGAACUUUAAUGUCAGAGUUUGAUUCACACAGUUUCAUCUGAGUUUCAUCGUUCAAACAGAAAAAAUUGAACUUUGAUGAUUCACUUUCAUUUUCACGUUUUAAUUGACACAAUCAGAAGUAAAGGAACUUAAACCCCUGCUCGUCUCCAGCGGGUAGGGGUUUGAGCCUUGGUGCAGUGCAUGCUGGGAAGUGUAUGCUGAACAUUCACAUACUCAGGAUCAGAAACUAUUUCAACUGUUUGAAUGGAUCCAGAGUCAGUGAGAAGAGAAACGUUCUUCUGAUGUAAAAGUUUAUAAAAGAAAAUAAAACAUAUUCAUGGUAAAAAACAA